AUGUCAACGACUGUGGAUAAGAUCAAAGAGGUCGAGGCCGAAAUGGCCAGAACCCAAAAGAAUAAGGCUACCGCCUACCAUUUGGGUCAACUAAAAGCCAAGCUGGCCAAGCUCAAGCGUGAGCUGCUGACCCCGACUGGAGGCGGUGGCGGAGGUGGUGCCGGCUUCGACGUCGCCAGAACAGGUGUCGCGAGUAUCGGCUUCAUUGGCUUUCCUUCCGUUGGAAAGAGUACGCUGAUGAGUCGAUUGACGGGCCAGCACUCUGAAGCCGCCGCAUACGAAUUCACAACUCUUACAUCCGUACCCGGUCAGGUCAUGUACAACGACUUACCCGGUAUUAUCGAAGGCGCCAAGGACGGUCGCGGUAGAGGUCGUCAGGUCAUUGCCGUCGCCAAGACUUGCCAUCUGAUUUUCAUUGUUCUCGACGUCAACAAGCCCUUGACCGACAAGCGUGUCAUUGAAGCCGAACUGGAAGGCUUUGGAAUCCGCAUCAACAAGUCGCCGCCAAACAUCACCUUCAAGAAGAAGGACAAGGGUGGCCUCAACAUUACCAGCACAGUACCGCUGACGCACAUUGAUCACGACGAGAUCAAGGCCGUCAUGAGCGAGUAUAGAAUCAACUCGGCCGAUAUCACUAUCCGCUGCGACGCCACGGUUGACGACCUGAUCGAUAUCCUGGAAGCUCGAUCCAGAAGUUAUAUCCCUGUCGUGUACUGCCUCAACAAAAUCGAUGCGAUCAGUAUCGAAGAGCUGGAUCUGCUGUACCGAAUUCCCAACUCAGUGCCCAUAAGCUCCGAGCACGGCUGGAACAUUGACGAGCUCAUGGAGGCCAUGUGGGAGAAGCUCAACCUCAAGCGCGUCUACACGAAGCCCAAGGGCAAAGCACCAGAUUACAGCGCCCCUGUCGUAUUGCGAGCCAAUAAAGCCACUGUUGAAGAUUUCUGUAAUGCUAUCCACCGUAGCAUCACCGAGGUUUUCAAGACAGCCAUUGUCUACGGUAAAUCGGUUAAGCACCAGCCCCAGAGAGUUGGUCUGGGCCACGAACUGGAAGAUGAGGACGUCGUCACUAUCGUCAAGCGAUGA